AUGAAGUUCAAUAAAACCAUCUUUCUUUUGGCCUAUCUCAUGGCUCUGGCCAUUACACCAUCAUUAGCAACAUCUUACGAAAUGGAAGAACCGAACUCUAAUCUUCAAAGAACAACCCACUUCUUCCAUUCUCGAAAACAAAAUAGAGUCUCAUUAACAUGCGACAAAAACCCCAAAGUUUGUCAUAUCAAAGGUAGCGCAGGCUCAGAUUGCUGCAAGAACAAAUGUGUCAAUUUUACGAUAGACGUGUUUAAUUGUGGGAGGUGCGGAAAGAAAUGUAGUUUUCCCAAGAUAUGCUGUGAAGGUAAAUGCGUGAAUCCUAGGAGUAACGAAAAGCAUUGUGGGAAAUGUGGUAACAAAUGUGACAAUAGAGGUUCUUGUGUUUAUGGAAUGUGCAGCUAUGCUUAA